AGCAGCAACAACAAUAACAUACUAAAAAAGUGAAAAAUAACAACAGCAAAAAUCAAUAAGAGCGGCAGCUAGCGGCGAUAAAACAAAAAAAUAGGAAGUGUUAUCAGUUGUGUUUUCGUCAUUUCGAGUUGAAAUUAAACUUUGUUAUUGUUGUAUCUGUUGUGGCUUGAGCAGCAGCAGCACCAAGAGAUAGAAAGACAAAGCAGGAGACUCCGUGAAAUUGACACAGAGAGAGUGUCGUCUCAAAGGAGGGAGUGGGAGCGUGUAAAGGGGGGAGUGUGAGAGUUAUAUAGAGAGCGGCGGUGGCCGCUGGCUUAUAGCUACCGCUCCCGCUCGCCCAGCCCACCAUCACCAUGUCUGUCCAGCAAUUUUGCCUACGAUGGAACAAUCAUCAGCCGAACUUUAUAUCGGUCUGUUCAUCGCUCCUACACAAUGGCACCUUGGUGGAUGUGACCCUGGCUGCCGAGGGUCGUCAAUUGCAAGCCCAUAAAAUAGUGCUCUCCGCCUGCAGUUCUUACUUUCAGGCUUUGUUCACCGCAAACCCUUGCCAGCAUCCAAUUGUCAUACUAAAGGAUGUGCAGUACGAUGAUCUCAAGACAAUGGUUGAUUUCAUGUACUAUGGCGAAGUAAAUGUAUCCCAGGAGCAGCUGCCGCACAUUCUGAAAACGGCCGAAAUGCUAAAGAUUAAGGGUCUAGCCGAAAUGCCAACGGAUCCGGCCACUCUCACAAAAUCGGACAGUAAAUCGUCUAGCGAUGGCACUGAACUUGUUGGCCCUAAUGUGGCGGGCUCUGGUGCUGGAGCUGCUGCCGGUAGUUUAGGUGCCGGCAGUGCUAGUAAUGUUGGCGAUUCUCUUUGGAGCAGCAGUGAAGCGCAGCAGUUCCAGCAGCAACAACAGCAGCAGCAGCAACAACAGCAACAGCAGCAACAACAACAGGCGCAGCAGCAGGCUCAGCACCAUCACCAGCAUCACCAACAACAGCUGCAACAACAGCAACAGCAACAACAGCAGCAGCAACAGCAGCAGCAGCAGCAACAACAACAACAGCAGCAGCAGCAGCAACAACAACAGGCCCAACACCAUCAUCACCAGCAUCACCAGCAUUCACAGCAACAGCAGCAACAGCAAGCGCCGCAAACGCAUCACCAUCAGAUGCGACGCACUCCAUCUCCACUCAGUGCAGGCACCUCACCGGCUACGCGGCGCAAAAGAUUGCGCAAAUCCUCGAAUAACGGGUCGGGCGAGCGCACAAACUCUGAUGACCAUCAACAGCAGCAGCAACACAACAGCUCUCUGGAUGCCACCGCUGCGGGUGCUGCGGCUGGCCUUAGCUUGGCACAGAUGAGCCAAAUGCCAUUUGGAACGGGUGGUAAUACGGCAGCGACCAUUGGCAAUCUGGCUGGCCACUCCCUGCAUGCGGCCAAGCUGCUUAAGGAGUCGGCUAGCAGUGAGCUGGAGCCGCAGCCUCAAGACUCGGACUUGGAUGAUGGCCAUGGACAUAUCCAUAUGCAAAUUAAGCCCGAAGUGGAUAUCGGCGGAGUAAAUCAGUCAAUGCCCCUGGAUAUUUCUGGCGCAACCACACCAUCAGAGCACGAUGCACCCAAUUCGCAAUCAUCGCAUUCUGGUCUGCAAUGGACAGUUGUCGACUCAAACUAUUCGCGCUUUUCCCUGCCCGCAUGCCAGACCAACUUGAUUGGCAACGGCGGCGGCGGCGGUGGUGCCGGAAAUCAAAGCAGCGGCGCGAAUAGUAGCGGUGGCGUAGGCGGCGGCGGCGGCGGUGCCAGCGGUACCACCAGUGACCAGCGGCAACAACAGCAGCAGCAACAACAACACGAAGCGGCCCAGCAACAGGCGAGCCAACAGCAUCUGCAGCAACUCCAUUACCAGCAGCAACAACAACAGGCGGAGCAGCAGGGUGGCUCUGGUCAGGCGUACUCGUCGCAGAUAAUAACCGUGAAUAAUCUAGUCAGCGGUUAUACGACAGCCGCCCAAAAUCUGUCGCCCACAUCGCCCAACGAAUCCAAUAUGGUGCAAUCGGUUUAUAGCCAAGGUCCCACGCCCACCCAAUCGCCGGUGCAUUCUGGCGUUGGUGGACCAAGUGCUGCAGGCAAUAACGGCGCGGCCAGCGGCGGAAGUGGCGGGAACGGAGGUGCUGCUGGCCAAGUGGUUAAACGGAAGCGUUCAGUGAAUCCCCAAGGCGAUGAAAAUUUUAUACGCGCCUUGGAGGCGGUGCGCACUGGAGGCAUAGGUUUCUGCAAAGCAGCCCGCCUUUAUGGAGUGAACAACCGUACGCUUUGGUUGGAGUACAAGAAACGUGGCUAUCCUGUGUCUAGGCCUAGCAUUAAAGCCCGUGUGGUUAAGCAGGAGCCAAAUCUAUCGCCAUCGCCAACACCGUCAACGAAUCCCGGCGAUGACAAUACAAAUGAGACGCUCAAUAUGCAAAUGCCGCCCCAGCCUGAAACGCCAACGCCCUCGCUUAUGUGUACGCCGCAUCACGCCAGUUUGGCCAGCAGUGGGGGCUCUCUACCUGGCAGUGGCGGCGGCGGCAAUACCCAUCCGGCCAUUGGCGUGAUGAGUCUAUUCGAUGCUCGCUACAUGGACUCACCGGGCAGUGUGCAUACAAUGACGCGGCAGCGUUAUAUCGAUGCGAGUGGAGCUGGUGCCGGGACUGCUGGCACGGGUGCGGGCACCAUUAAUGUGAAUCCGGCCGCUGCAAUGAAUCUACAGAGUAUUAACUUUAACUCAAUAUAGAAUACGAUUUCAAGUCAGAUGCAGGCGGCGGCGGCGGCCACAUCAGUAGCAGCAGCGGCGGCAGCAGCAGCCUCAACGGCAGCAGGACCGGCCACUUUGCUUCAGGCAGCUGCCGUUAUGGCGGCAGGUCAUGAGCCGGAACCAAUGAGCAUAUCAGCUGUGCCCAUGUCUGUCCCGAUGCCCAUGUGCCCGGUGCCCGUUCCUGUGUCGGUCUCUGCCAUGGGUAUGGCUGCGCAUAGCUUUCUAAUCAAUAAUUUCGUUACGGUGACAGCUCCGACGGUGGCGCCAAUGGUUAAUAGUACGCUGCCGCCGCUGGUUAACACUGGCCUGCAAUAUUUGGAGAAAUCAUAAGACAAGCACGAGCCACCCCUACGACCAGACCAUACCGGACAACCCGCCGCCCCCACCACCACCACCACCCCUCCUCCCGAUGUGUAAACCCCAAUAAUAAUUAAACUCGAUACAGGUAUUAGAGCAACGGCAGCAACUAGUGUACAUACCAGAGGGAGAGGAGUAUCACCACCAUCAUGGCCACCAACUAAUAAUAACAAUCACCACCAGAAGAAGCAGCACAACAACAACAAUUCACAAAAGUAGUAGGAUGACAACGACUCUCCUUCCCAUCCCUCCCCCACCCCCAAUCCCCCCAAUAAAAAAAAAGAAAACAAAAAACAAAACAAACAAAAGCUGAAGCUAAGCUGAGCUGAGCAGAGCAUAGAAAGCAGGAAGAGCCGGCCACACUUGUAAUAAUGCAUAGAACUUAAUUCCUUAAGCUUAAAGUUUUGAACCCCAUACAUUUUUACGAUUUGUUAACUAAGAGAUCGGUAGUACAGAUAUAAAUUUAUAUACAAUAUAUAUAUAUAUAUAUAAAAUGAAAAUCAUAUUGUAAUUGUACAUAAAUUAUAAAAUUUUAUUAGUGUUAAUCACGAGCGGCGGAAAUGAUUUAUAUAUACAUAUAUAUAUAUAUAUAUAUAUAGACCAACACCAACAGAUCUUGAUAUGCCAAUGCAUUUCGUAAUCGAUAACAAUUUCUUUGUAUUUUGUCUGCUUUGAAAUGAAAAACUCAAAUCGUACCAGUCAAUCCUAAUCCCAAUUUUAAAUCAUCUUUCGCAUAAUAUUUUCACAUACAUUUUCUUUUUUUAUAAUGCAUAAACUUGUCAAACCUACAGAAUAUGCAUUGGCAUCCGAUUACUUCGAUCAUUCGGAGAUUAUCUCUUACUUCUCUCUUCUCUCCUAACGAAUUCCAAAAAUUUUAUCUAUUAUGUUACGAAAAAAAAAGAAAAAAAAAGAAGAAAAUAGCCAAACAAACAAUCAUUCAUUUAUUCAUUCAUUGAUUCAAAACAAUUUAAAUCAAUAGUAGUAUCCCUUUAAUAAUUUGUGUAUAGAUGGAAAAUGAAACAGUUUUAGUUAUGGAUUUAUUUAGGCAUUAAACUAAACAAUAAACUUACAAAUUAUAUAUAAAA